AUGUUUCAAAUGAAAUUUUCCACGAUUUUGUUGUGUACCUUGUUCACAAUCUUUGUCAUAGCUUCGAAAGUUGUAUUCGACAAAAUAUAUCAAACCGCAAGACUUAUUAUUGAUGAAGAGUUUCAUUUUCAACUUGGAGAAGCUUAUUGCAGAUACGAAUUCGACAAGUGGCACCCGAAAAUAACAACAUUUCCAGGCCUCUAUCUAUUCAGUAACUUGUUACUGGGGCCUUUUGAUUUGUGUUCAAGUUAUUGGCUAAGACUGACUUCAUUGGUUUCCUCAUUCGCGAAUUUAAUACUUUUUUAUUGCUUACUAAACCUAAAUAAUGAACAACCCAAGUGGCAAAAUGCCAUUUCAGCAACCAGUUUAUCAUUAUUACCACCGAUGUACUUUUUUGGCCAUCUCUAUUACACAGAUACUGUCUCGCUUACGAUGGUUUCCGUGCUUUUUUUACUGUCACAAAGAAAGCACCACUAUUUUGCGUCGAUCUUUGGAUUAUUUUCCGUUUUGUGCCGACAAACCAACAUAAUAUGGGUUCUGAUGGCUUUCGGGUGCUAUGUCCUAAAAGACGUAAACAACAUUUGCAACAAGUCUAGAAAAACUGACUGCGUUUCUGCAAAGGAAUUGGUCGAGUUGUUAAAACUGGCGAAAGGGAAAAAUCUAUUGAUGACGAUCAAAAAAAUGCCGUUCGUUUUUUGGUUAAACGCCACUUGUUACGGCUCUUUGUUGCUAAUUUUUGCAUUGUUUGUCUACAUGCAUGGAAGUAUAGUUGUGGGUGAUAAAACAGCGCAUGAGGCCACCAUUCAUUUGCCCCAAUUAUUUUAUUUUUCGCUUUUUUGCCUGUUUUUUGCUUGGCCUCACUUCGUUACUGAAAUUACUGGUUUCCUUAAAUUUGUGAAGCGACAUAAAAUUAUCAGUCUGGCUGUUGUGUUAUCAAGUGUGGCUAUAGUGCAUUUCAACACUUUGGUUCAUCCGUAUGUUUUGGCCGACAACAGGCAUUACAUUUUUUACAUUUGGAACCGAUUUUACGGGAGGUAUUUUUGGUUCCGCUAUUGCGUUGUUCCAGUGUAUUUAUUUGCAUGGUUUGUGAUAGUUAGAAAACUGUGGGAUAGACUAGAUGUGACGUUCCUUCUGUUUUUCAUUCCAUGUACAACGGUGGUUUUAGUAACACAGAAACUACUAGAGUUUCGGUAUUUUUUUAUUCCAUAUGUUCUCUUCCGAACGCAUUUGAAAAAUGCUGAUGUUCGGUUCGUGUUAUGCGAGUUCGUAACUUACUGUGUACUUAAUUUUUGCACACUGUAUAUAUUUUUCAACAAGACUAUAGAAUGGGAAAAUUUCGAUUGUCCCCAAAGGCUGAUUUGGUAAGGCGUAUUUAUUUUUGUGGCUGUUAAUUAAAUGUACCAAUAAAUAUGUAUUCUUGUAAUAA